AUGGCUCCGUUCAGAAAAAGCAAACCUACAAAACCGCUUGUUUCUAUUGUCAGAGAUCUCUCUUCGGUUCUUUUACAAGACAUGUUCGUUGGUUUCUUUUCUGCGACCGGUUCUAUUCUAUCGGAACAUUUUGUUCUUGGAUGGAGUUUCGCGCUGAACGAGAAAGAAGCUCCGCCAUUGGACUUAUCGAAACUUCCUAAGCUUCCGAAAUUUCCCAAAGUUCCGUCGCGGGUGCCCAGCAGAAUCUACACCUUCUACAUGAAUUGGAAGCUGUCGAUUUCCAUAUUUUGUAUUCCCCUCGUGUUUAUUCCCUCGCUCAUCUUCCUCGUUCGCUUUAUCCUGAUGAGGAGGAGAAAGUUCGCAGAGGAGCUCGAAGAUUUUGGGAAACAGAUCUUGGGAAGAACCGAUUGA